AUGUUCAGAAUCAUAGAUAAAACACCGAUAACAUUCCUUGAAUGGCAGAACCAUCGCGGCACAAGUUUAGAAGCUGUGUAUAGAAACAAAUACAAGCAUCUUCGAAAAUUAGCCAAGGCGAAGAUUGAACAUCGUCAAGAAGAAUAUUGGGGCGAAGUAUGUGAGGGUAUAGAAAAGUCCACCAAAAGCAACGAUCCUGCAACUGUAUUCUCGAUCAUAAGACGACUUAAAGGAGGAAUUAAAAGACUGGAAAAUAUACCAAUUGAAGAUAAAAAUGUCAAAUUACUCGUGAGCUCGACCGAUCAAUUGGAACAUUGGCGCGAGUAUUUUUGUGAAUUGUUGAAUGCUUAUUCAACUGUUGAUCCCUGUGUAAUAAAUGAGGUUCAAAUAACAAUAGCAUCAAGAAAAGUUAUUGAAGAGGCUAGUGUUGCUGGUGUAAAAUUCUCGUAUGGUAGUAAUGAUUUCUUUCAUGGAUGUCGUGAAAAAUACGAAAACUUUAAUGCCUUGGGUCUUCUAUAUGCAGACGAUUUGGUUGCAAUGUGUGAAACUACUGAUGAUCUUGAGAAACUUAUAAGAUCGUUUGAAAAAAUCACACAAAAAUUUGGUUUAACGAUGAGCUUUAAGAAAACAUGCAUUAUGACAUUGCAAUAA